UCCGUUCAAAUAAAUUUGGGUGCUAAUGAGUGGAAACAAACGAAAGUUUUUUUUUGUGGCGGUGAGCAGCACCUCUGCUGCCAUUGGCUGCUGCGACGCUCCACCUCUGACAGAUAACACACACACACACACACAAACACACAAACACAAACGUGUGUGUGUUGGAGCAGGUGGCAGCUUUUCAAGCUCCACUUUGACCAGGUGAAGUUAAAAGCUGGGGAGUCACUGAAGAGCCAUCGCCCGAGGAUAUGGAGUCACCGACGGACUCAGAGAAACAACAUCUGAUCGAGGAUCAAGUGGAACAACUUGGAUGGACGGUUGCUCUGGAGGAAAACUUCUCCAGAUCGGAGCUCGGUGACGACGCCUCCAGCGCGCUCGCUCUGUGUCAACCCGACGACGCGACGUCCGCAGCUGAACGUGACGCGAGACUCGUUGCCAGGAGGAAGCUCUUCAUCGCCUGCGCCCUCACCCUCGUGUUCAUGAUCGGGGAGGUGAUCGGCGGAUACGCUGCCCACAGUCUGGCCAUCAUGACGGACGCCGCUCAUCUCCUCACCGACUUCGGGAGCAUCUUGAUCAGCAUCUUCUCUCUGUGGAUCUCGUCCAGGCCUCGGACGCAGACCAUGACCUUCGGGUGGCAUCGAGCAGAAAUCCUGGGCAUGUUACUGUCCGUCGUGACCAUCUGGGCUUUGACGGCGACGCUGCUCCUCUCGGCGGCGCAGAGGAUCCGAGACGGAGACUACGACAUCGACAGUCGGAUCAUGUUGAUGACGUCCGGCUGUGCCGUGGGGAUCAACGUCCUGAUGGUCCUGAUCCUCCAUCAGUCGGGCGCCCCACACGGACACAGCCACGGCAGCAGGCAGCAGCAGCGGCGGGGGGACGUGGAGCGCCGGAGGCACGGCAACGCCAGCGUGAGGGCGGCCUUCGUCCACGUGGUGGGAGAUCUGGUGCAAAGCGUCGGGGUCCUGCUCGCUGCCGCCGUCAUCCACAUCUGGCCUGAGUGUAAAGUAGCAGAUCCCAUCUGUACGUUCCUGUUCUCGGUUCUCGUUCUCGGGACGACUUUCCCAGUCACAAAGGACAUUCUCAGGAUACUGAUGGAGGGAUCUCCUCGGGACGUUCCUCUCAGCAGGGUGAGAGAGCUGCUGCUGCUGUCGGUCGGAGGAGUCGUGGCCGUUCACAGUUUGCACGUGUGGAGCCUCAACAUGAGCAACGCUUUGCUUUCCGUCCACGUGGUCACAGACGAAGAUGCCGAUUCGCAGAUCGUCCUCACCGAGGCAACGGAGCUCCUGCGCUCCGAGUUCGGUUUCUCCGGCGUCACCAUCCAAGUGGAGCGUGACGAACCCAGGAGUCAGACUGUGGCGACUGAUACGUAGACUGACGAUGCUUCCUGCUGCACCGCCCUCGUCCUCGCCCCCCAAUCUGACCGGCAGAUGGUGCAGCUGAACUUAUUAAUAAAUUAUUAAAAC